GUUCUGAGUUGUUAUAACCGUAAAGCGGCGGCAGUUGUUUUGCCACACAGAAGAGACCGACCCAAAGGCAUCACGUGUGUGAAGUUGCGAGAUAUUGUUGUUAUUGGAAUACCCAUAAAAAAAUCGACAGAAUCAGAAAAAAAUACGAAUCACAUUAAACUCUCCAGCCAGCAUUGUUGUCGCCGUGUACGGACGGACGAACGGACGUUUAAAGAAGAAGGCCUACAUUUGCCAUUUGUUUUGGCUGGCCGGCUUGCCGUCUCUGUGGGGCGUAUGUGCGUCGUAAACGUGCGUGUGUGUGUGAGCUUGUUAUGAAUGCGUAUGCGUGUACAACUGGAUUAGUUGGCACAUGAAUGUGAUAAUUUUUCUAAUUAAAUCAUAUGAUAAUUUGACCAACAAAAAUACAACAAAUUACAAACCUCAAAUCAAUUGCUUUAUGCCAGCAAAUUUGUUCGUGCAAGUUCAAUUUUGCAUAGUAAAAUAAUUUUCUAUUCAAGCAAAAAUAUGCCGACGGCUUUGUAAAAAUAAAUAAAAAAUUAAAAAAAAAACAUCAAAAUUUCUUUGAAUUUCCUUUUCCUCAAUUUUUGCCCAUAAAACAUGCACCCGGACUUUUGUCUGGCGUUGCAAAAGUGUGCUUCAAAUCUUGGCUUAAUCAAACAUAAGCAACCCUAUUUAAAUUCGCAAAGAACAACAAGUACCGCCACUAGAAUGUCAUGUUCCAUGGCUGAGCUGGAAUUCCAGAGCCCCAAGAAAUCCAACGAAAAUGGCAAUGAUGAUGAUGACGAUAUUGCCGAGGAUUUGGUGCGAAUUGUCAGCGAUGAUGAAGAGGAUGAGGGUGGAGAUGGUGGAGAGGCCUCGGAAGCACCUCAAAAACAUCAUCAAUUGGAUCUAGAUGAAAAUGCCAGCAUGUGCAGUGAGCUGUCGGUGGGCCAGGAACAUGCUUUGCAUCAUGAAAUACCGCCAGCCGAUGCCCAGGAGGAUGAAGAAAUUUUGGAUGUCAGUGAUACCCAUUCAAAUUCUUCGGUGGAUGAAAAUAAUCGCACUCCCUCCACACCAGGAGAAACUAUGUCAUCCCUAAGCCCUUUUACUCUGGCCAGUACCUUAAGGUUUCCCGUGCCAUUUUCUCUCCAAGCACCCACGGCCAAUGUGAUGACCCCUGGGGCUCCCAAUGCCAAUAUUUCACCAUUUCAGGAGGAAUUCUUACGGAAAUCCCAUUUAUAUGCCGAGGAACUAAUGAAACAUCAAAUGCAUUUAAUGGCCGCCGCUAGGGCAAGUGCAUUUAGUUUGCGUAAUCAAAAUCUACACCCUGGCAUUGGGGGUCAUCCUUCACACCUGGUGCACAUUAAUCCGCUGACGAAACUGGGGCAAAUUAGUGCAGCGGCGGCGGCUGCAGCGGCCUUAUCAGCGGCGGCGGUGCAAAAUUCCAAAACCCAAGGUCAUGGUCAGCAAUCCCAAAUUAUAUCCCCACACAAUGCCGCCAGUCAUGUUCUACCUCCACAACAGCACCAUCCUCACUCUCACCCCCAUGCCCAUCUUCAACAUCACCUCCCACAAUCGGCCAGCACCACAUCAGAUACCUUAGCCAAAUUGACAGCGCUAAGUAAACAAACCUCACCCGCCACCAGCCACAUGAUGUCCACCCUGAAUCAACUGCAGACCCAAAUGCAGGCCCACCUGCCGCGGCUGUUCAAUGACAAUAAUGAUAAUCUACAUGAAAGAGCUUUAAAAUUUAGCAUAGAUAAUAUACUCAAAGGCGACUUUGGCCGGGGUCAAUCCCCUCCAGCCACGGCCACCUCGCAUAGUAAAAAAUCCCUGCACUUUUUAUCCCAUGCCAAUAAACAAUUUUUGAAUAUUGCGAAGCAAAAAUCAAAUUGUUCCUCAUCAUCGUCAUCGGCAGUAUCGGAUACUUUGGAUCCUCAGCAACAUCAACACCAACAACAACAGCAUCACCAACAUCAAUCUUCAGCGAAUUCAACACCAGCCUUUUCCGCUUCCUUGGCCUCGAUUUGUACCAAUAGCAAUGACUCGAAUAGCACGGCGGUCAGUAGUAGUUACAGCAGUGCAAAUGGCACGGGAGAUUUAAUUAAAUCAUCACCCUCUCAGACACCAACUCUUUCGCCGGGUUUAAAUGAAACGGCUGGUAGUGGGAGAGCGGGUGGUGGUGGUGCGGUGGGGAAAGAUGAUACGGGUUCGGCAACAACAGCGGGAGCGGGGACAAGUGGCAGCAGUAGCGGUGGUACCAGCGGCGGCAAUGGUGGACCUAUCGUCUGGCCUGCCUGGGUCUAUUGUACCCGUUACAGUGAUCGUCCAAGUUCAGAGCUACAAAUGGCGUUGAUAAAUAAUUACCAAGUAGCUGUGCUGUGUGAACCCCAAAUGGAAUAAAGUUGAUCUUCAGCUGAACUGAACUGAAGCGCACAGAGCCAGAACUGAAGCACGAGCGAGAGAGCGAGAAGGAGACUCAGAGAGGCCAUUACAAUGUCAAAUAUAACAAUGGGAAAAAGUAAACAAAACAAAACAAACAAACGAACAGCCGGUGACAGAAAGUCAACGAAAGUCAUGUUAAGUUUAAACAAUCAA